AUGAGUGUAAUAAAUGAAACACCUGAAAACAACUUACCUACGGAAGAUGAGAUUGAUCAAUUAGCAAAUUCAAGAACAGGAUUACUGAGUUAUUUUAAAGUUGCUAAGGUUGAAAUGCCUAAAUUUUUUAUACUUGGUAUUAUGUUUGGAUUAAUUAACUUUGUGUAUUCAUUUUUAAGAAUUUUAAAAGAUUUAUUUGUGAUGGUAAGGCAAGAUCAGAAUUCAAUUAUGUUUAUGAAAAUUUUUUAUGUUCUUCCUAUAUCUUUUGCAUCUGUAAUUUUAAUACAGUGGCUUAUGCAAAAUAAACCUGUAUCAUCGAUUUUUAAUCUAUUUCUAAUAAUUUUUACUGCAUUUUUCUUCGGACUAGGGGCAAUCUUUUUGUUUGAAGAGAAAGUAACACCAUCUAGCUUUUUAUUUAGAGAUAUUUUCGCUGAUAACAAAGGUGCAUUGAAGGGAUUGAACUUUAUAAAAUAUUUUUUAAUUACAGCUAACGAGCCCGUUUCAACUUGUAUUUUUAUAAUAGCAGAAAUGUGGGGCAGUUUACUUAUGGCUUAUUUAUACAUGAGUUUUUUAAAUGAAAGUUGUACUAUCAGACAGUUUACAAGAUUUUUACCACCUUUUUACAUAAUAGCAAAUUUAGCUUUACUAGUAUCUGGAUUAGCCAGUAGUUCUUUCAGAGAAUUGCGAAAAGGAUUUAGCUAUGAGCAAAAUCAGUUAUUAUAUUCUUCGGUUUUUAUUGCCAUGGGCGGUAUAUGUCUAAUAUUAAUGUACAUGAAAUAUUAUUUCGAGAAUAAAAUAAUGAGUGUACCAAUAUUUAUACCUUCUAAUACGAUAAAAAAGAAACAAAAAGUUAGUGUAGGUUUCUCCGAAGGUAUUAGUAUAAUGAUGAAAUCAAAAUUAUUAAUGUCACUUUGUAUAAUAGUCUUUUUUUACAAUAUAACAUUUAAUUUAAUUGAAUCUGUCUAUAAAGCAGGAAUUAAAGCUGCGUCAAAAAGUUUAGGAUUAGAGGUAGGAGAAUACUCCGGCAAAUUUAAUACAAUAGAUCAAAUAUUGGUAGCAGUUACUGUAAUAACACUUAAUUUGUCAGCAUUUUCUACUUUAGUAGAAAGUAGUGGAUGGAUUACUAUGGGGCUCUUAACACCUUUAUUCUUGUUGUUGGGGUCAAUAAUCGUUAUGGGAGCAUCAAUCUACAAUUCUGCCAUUGAAGGACUUGCUUUUUCAUGGAUUUCUGUAUUUUUUAAAAAAAUGUCGUACAUUUAUACGAUCGAAAAUUACAGUGGAAUGUUCUUUUUAGCAUUCAUAAAAGUAUUAAAAUAUUCAGCCUUUGAUAUUUGUAAAGAGAAAAUGGGUAUGAGAAUCGAUCCUGCACACAGGGCACGGUUUAAAAGUGUUUAUGAUGGUAUUUUUAAUAAAUUAGGAAAAUCUAUUGGUUCAUUAUAUGGACUAGCCAUAUUAGUAGCACUUGAUACUGAUAAUGUAAGGAAGGGUAGUCCAAUCACAUUAACGAUUGCAAUAAUAUUGAUUUAUAUUUGGAUUAGAGCUAUAAUCUAUUUAGCGGGUGCAUAUAACGUUUCAAUUAAAAAUAAUACAAGUGUAGACAUAGAUUUAAUAAAAGACGACAAAAAAGAAAACGCAGAAUAA